UUUGCGCUUUUUAACGGCAAAAAUUAUUGACCGUAAUCAUACCGUAAUAUGUGCUGAAAUUGUCAAUCGACUGCAAUUAUUAGCUUCGCUUACGAGACCCCUCGACGAAAUUUCUCUCGCGAGAAUACAUCUUGCCGUGUGGCGAAGUAUUUUGACAGUAAGUACUGCAAUACAGCUCUGCAAUCAUGGGAAACGAAGCAUCUCUGCAGCUGGAAAUGUGCAGCACAUUUGACGCCGAGGAAAUCCGACGUCUUGGGAAGCGUUUCAAAAAGCUGGAUCUGGACAAUAAUGGUUCACUGAGUAUCGACGAAUUCAUGUCCCUCCCGGAGCUGCAGCAGAAUCCGCUGGUCCAGAGAGUGAUAAAUAUCUUUGAUACGGAUCUGAACGGCGAAGUGGACUUUAAGGAGUUCAUCCAGGGUGUCUCGCAGUUCAGCGUCAAGGGCGAUAAGUUGUCCAAACUGCGUUUAGCCUUCUCCAUCUACGAUAUCGAUCGUGAUGGCUUCAUUGCCAACGGGGAGCUCUUCCAGGUCCUGAAAAUGAUGGUGGGGAAUAAUCUGAAGGAUCAGCAACUCCAGCAGAUUGUCGACAAGACCAUCAUGUACGCCGAUAAGGACGGGGAUGGGAAGGUCUCCUUUGAGGAGUUUUGUGCCGUUGUGGGGCACACGGAUGUGCACAAGAAGAUGGUGGUGGAUAUCAUUUGAGGAUGGGGAAGAGAAAUAACGAAGCAGGUGAGGAGGAUACUCACCUCUCACCAGCCUUUCCAUUUGGCAUUAGUAUGCGAUGUCGAUCUCUUUCUGACAGAAUCUAAUUUAUUAAAUGAAAUAUUGCCAUAUUUCGGUCCGGUGAUUUAACUGGUUAAAGAUCUGCUUUUCCUGGUGUUUUACCUGUAAAAGCUGUUUAAAAUUCUUGCUGUAUUACACGUUUUAAAUGCUGUAGAAAAAAGCGUGGUGCUUGUAAUUUCGGUAUUGCUACUCGAAUUAGUUUCUCGGUUUUGAUCUCUUCUUUUUGUGUGGUGGUUUUUAUCUUUAGCUUUGUCUGUUAUCUCUGGUUUGGUAGCUGUUAGUGUUGUCUGUGGAUUCAGAAAAAUCACA